AUGUCGGAUCCGGCCGCGCACUAUCCGAUGCUCCAUGCAGUCAAUUCAUCCAAGUCAAGGACGCAUACACCUGUCACUUCAUAUGUUCCCAUCGGAGUGAACGCCGACAGCCCCAUGCCCGUAGGCAAAUACUACCCCUCGAAUUACGAGUCUAGAAAUCCCGGCCAGAACCCGACCCCAAACAAAUCGCAACACUUGCGGCCGCCGACCAGUGCUCCCACCGCUGCAUCUGUCAAGUCAGACACCCAGGUUCCCAAGUAUCGAUCCGACUCAUCACACGCCCGCUCCGACUCCGAGGCCAAGCGCAGGUUACAACAGUAUCAGCGCGAUAUGGUCGCACAAGCCACCUUGGCUGCGAGGCAACUGAUGGGCAAGCGCGGCGGUUCCAAGAUAGUGAACUCCUCGAUACACGGAAUGUCCGUGGGCAACAUCAGCCUGAACAAGUCCAUGGGCCAGAAGCCGACAUCACCGCGCCUCUUGCCCUUGGGUAGCCCCGGACCAGUUACGCCAAUGGAUCUCGAAGGCGGUGACUCCUACUUGACGUUAGGGCGCGCUGUUUCCGGGCCCGAUGCGGAACGGGAGGCCGAGGAGAUUGCUCGGGCAGUCCGGAAUGAGGCAGAGCGCCGUCGCAGAGAGGGCGCCACAUCGCCCGCAGUGGAGCUGGGCCCCGUUACUUUCUGA